GAGCCCGGAACGCACGAACGCCGUACGCCAAUCAACCUAAUGAGGGCGCGCUUUAUACAAAACUGAGAAAAAAGAUGAUUGAACAUUACACUGCCGCUGCCGACCUUGCGCUGCCGACCAAAACAGUUCGAUACGCAUCAACAAGUUACGUUCACGGGUACGGUAUAGUACCGAUGAGAGCAACAAUCUUCCAUGAAAAGUAGUCAAAAUUGAGCUGGCCAAUAUGGUGGAGAUGUCGCAGGAGUUUAUCUUCACUCUGGUAUAUCUGCUGAUCUGCAUGUGCCUUGUCUUUCCCCCCACCGAGGUGCGAUCAGCUGGAUUGACUCUUCAGAAUGUUCUGUCGGCAUGGCUGGGCAGCGAAGACAUGCAGUUGAUUCAGUACCACAUCAAGAAAUCCACAGCUGCAGCAGCACUCCACUCUGCGCUACCCUUGGGUUACUUUGUUGGUCUUGGAUUUGCUUGUCCCAAACUGGACCUGUUUCUAAUCCAUGAACUGGGUCUGUGGUGGCAGACAUACCUAGUUGCCUCGACAGCCAUUUGGCUGUCCACUUGGCUACUCUGCUAUUAUUGGUCCAGGAACAAAUGGGGCAACCAUCCCAUAGCCAAGGCCCUGCAUUUCCAAGGCAACAACAGCGCAUGGACUCACGUGGCUGCAAGGAUCAAUCAAGAGUUCCGACGCAUUGACAAAUUCACCACAGGGCCACCAGACAUGCGUGUGAUUGUCACAGACUCAUGGGUAAUGAAAACCUGGGCCUACGGUCUCAAUGUGGCUUACCAGCCAGACUGCCACUUGAAUCUGUUAUGGACGGAGGAACAUGCCAUAUCACAUGAGAGCAGGGCUGGGGUUCAGUACUUGGCCAUGCAAGUCAUCAGUGCCAAUGCCCACAUCAAACCUUUUGAAAUCAGAUUACUGUCGUCAGAUUACAAGGACCUACGGGAUAAGCUGACGGUCCCUGUGGUCAAUGCCCGCAAUGUAGUCAUUCAGCAGACACUUACGGAUCGCUUCCUAGAGGCAUUCAGACAACAGGUGCACCGUAAUCCCCCUUUUGUUCCAGCCCCUGGAUCACUGGCUCCAGACAACUGCAUUGGUUGCCUUCAGACCCGUUCCAAUGUCAAGCUGGUCAAGCUGUGCGAGGAGGGGCAAGGAGGCGACUGUGUCCAGUGCUUCUGUCGUCCCAUGUGGUGCCUGGAGUGCAUGUGCAAGUGGUUUGCUAGUCGGCAGAACCAGAGCCAGCCAGAGUCCUGGCUAGGCAGCAAGUCACCUUGCCCGACCUGCCGCUCAAAAUUCUGCAUGCUGGAUGUCUGCUUCAUUCCAUCAGUGCAAUGAUGCUAUGAACCAGUCUUAAUAUCAGAGUUGUAAUUGAGUCAAUCACAAGGAAAAGGACGUGAAUAAUGACAAAGGAAGCCUUUGUCACAGUUCAUAUGAAUAGAUUGUCUCUGGACUUGAAACUGGAUGCCACCGAUUGACUUGAGAUUUGAGAUCAACUUAUGCAACUGGCAAGCACGCCCUUGUCACUUUAAACAAACUUGGAUAAUAGAUUAGAAAUUGACACUUCUGGUUAGACUGUGCUGACACGCUUCUCAGAGUGCACAAUUUGUAUAAAGACUUCCUUACAUGUGGCUAAAUCUGUGCCUAUACAUAAACUGAAAUCUUUGGAAAGCUUUUUAACCUCAAUUACCUUGAAGUAUUUAUGUGCUGUUUCGAAACAAAACAAGAACAAGCUGGCAAUGCUGCCAGUGUGUGGCCGCUACGGGCAUUUUGGUUCAGUCGGCUAUGAUCACUAAAUAGUUAAACAGGAAUUUGCAUAAAAAAACACUGUACUACAUAUUUAGCCUUGUAAGCAUAUCAACUCCACACACCACUUUGUCCCAGUAUAGCUUUGCAAUAAGGGCAAGCGAGGUGCAUUUUUUCAUUGGUCCACAAGCACUGUUCAUCUGUUGACCCUGUGGAGUAGGUGCAUGUGUACCGGGCAUGGAGAGGCUUUGCCCAACAAAUGGUUGGCCCUCUGUAGGUGAGCUGUUGCCAUGCGGGUUCUUGUGCCUUGGCUGGACCGCAUUAAUAGGAAGUCGGUAGGGAAAUGUGAACCAAAUUGAGGGGACUUUUGCCUGGCCCCAGAACGUUUUAGUUUGGUCCCCAUACAAUGGAUGUGGUUCUAACAACUAUGGAACAAGUAAGGAUUUGCUUUGACAUGCUAAGAUGUAUAUUGGGAACUUGUCUUGCAUUUAAACAUUACAGUUACAGAUGUUUUAUAAUAAUAAUAAUAAUAACGGCAAUUUAUUCCGCGCUGGUAUCCGCCAUAAAUGACGCUCGUGGCGCAAUACAAAAAUUAUAUCAAAUCAGAAAUAACAAAACAAUUAAAUUUAACUUGACAAGAAUAUUCUGAGUGGUCUGAAACAAAUAUCUUCAGGGCAACUUUUAAUUCAGAAAGCGAUGAGAUAUUGCGAAUGGCGAGGGGUAGUUUGUUCCAAAGAUGAGGACCUGCGUAAGAAAAUGAUCGAUCACCCCAAGAUUUGUGAGUGUGAGGGACAACCAGCAAAGAAGCAUCAGAAGAUCUCAAUCGCCUGGAUGGAGUUAAUAGGUCUAUGUUGUAUUCAGGAGCUGAAUCAUGCAGGCAAUAAAAAACAAGCAGUAACAGUUUGUACUUAAUUUGGUCAGCAACAGGGAGCCAAUGCAGAGACUGCAAAAUCGGGGUGAUAUGGGUUCUAGAGGGUGUCAGGGUCACAAUUCGAGCAGCAGAAUUUUGGAGUCUUUGUAAGCGAGCAAAUUGGUUACGGGGAAGCUGAUACAACAGGGAAUUACAAAAAUCCAGCCGAGAUGAAAUGAGGGCGUGAACAAGUUUCUCUGUUGCUGAGCGGGUUAGAUACUUCCGAAUUAAACCCAAGUUACGAAGUUGAAAUCUUACAGAUUUACAUGUGUUAGAAACAUGAUGAGACAUUGACAUAAGUGAGUCAAAGGUGACUCCCAGAUUUCGACAAGUCGCCGACAAAUUAACAGGCGAAUUGUGGAUGGCGAAACCAUGGACAUUGAUCUUGGCAAGUUGUGACUUUGACCCAAACAUUAUAAGUUCAGAUUUAUCAGUGUUGAGUUUAAGAGAAUUAGAACUCAUCCAUGCACUGACAUCAUUGAUGCAUGAUUCAAUUUUCUGGAGAGUCUGGAGAGGCGUGAUGUGGUGCAAAUGGCACAAAGAGUUGAACAUCAUCAGCAUAGCAGUGGUAACUGAUAUAUGAGAUUCCAAGACAUGUUUCAGACCACUGAGAUAGAUGGUAAACAACAAUGGCCCACUGACAGAUCCCUGGGGAACUCCAUGUUACAGUUCAACUAUAUGGGAUCUGGCGUUACUGAUACAUACCAGCUGAUGACGAUCACCCAAGUAUGACUUGAACCAAGCAAGAGCACGAUCACAACUACCAAAAGAUGACAUAAUGUUUGCAAGUAUGUCGUAGUUGACCGUGUUGAACGCUGCGGAUAAGUCCAGAAGAACGACUGCUGUAAGUCUACCGACAUCCAUUUCUGACAAAAUGUGGUUAGAUAAAUUAACUAUCGGGGUCUCAACGCUAUGAUUGGCACGGUAUGCAGACUGACCAUUAUCAUACAAAUUGAUAGAUUGUAAAAUAUCAUACAAAUUGAUAGAUUGUAAAUGAAGUUCAUGUGCAUUAAAUGGUUUGUACAUGUAUUAUUUCAUUUCAACAAA